AGAUAUAUGUUGUGCGUGGUUUGAAGGACCGACCAGAGAUGUGAUGAAAAUCAAGAAAUCCAGUAAUAAUACCUUUUCCUUAUCCCUGAGAGGUUUUCCUUUUUUCUUCUUUUUAAUAUGUCAAAUCUCGUUUAUAAAGCUAAAGCAGCCUCUCUGUAUUUCUUCUUAUUGUGAUUGAUGAUGAUGAUGAUGGGAAAAAAACGUAGAUUGAUGAUGAUGAUGGAAGAAGGGCUGCCCCACGACGUGGUAGAGCACAUCAUGGAGAGACUUCCGGUGAGAUCUCUGCUGAGAUUCAAGUCUGUAUCAAAGCAAUGGAAAACAACGAUCGAAUCACGAAACUUCCAAGAGAGGCAGUUGAAGCAUGAGGAGUCAGGAGGAAGAGAUCCGGAUGUUCUCAUGGCGACGGAAAGUAGUCAAAGAAGAUAUGUACUGGGUUCGUCCUCAUCGGUCAAAAUCCCUAAUCCUUGGGGUAAGGAGAACCCAACAACAGGCUACUUUGUGUCCGAUAAUAGCUGUGACGGUCUCGUUUGCCUCUACCAUCCCUUGGAAUCCGGUUAUGUCUUCAACCCCGCCACGAGAUGGUAUCGACCUCUCCCUCUCUGCCAAUUGCAACAAGUCAGGAUGAGCCAAGGAGAGAGUUACUUUGAGCUUGGGCACGGCCUCUUUAAGCUUGGAUUCGGCAAAGACAAGAUAACAUCUACUUACAAGCCUGUUUGGCUAUACAACUCUUCAGAAAUAGGCCUUGACAACGCUACCACAUGCGAAGUUUUCGACUUUGGCGCCAAUGCUUGGAGGUAUGUCACUCCCUCUGCUCCUUAUCGGGUUGUUGGGGUCGCCGAUCCCGUCUUUGUACACGGUUCGCUUCAUUGGCUCACAGAUUGCGUGGAAACCAAGGUUGUAUCUUUUGAUCUUCACACCGAGGCUUUUCAACUCGUCUCUUCCAAAACUCCCUUUCCCGCCAAUUCACAUGAUGAGAAUCCUUACUCGAUCGUCUUGUGCAACCUCGACAACCGUCUGUGCGUGUCACACAUGAAGUGGCCCGACCAAGUCAUAUGGUCCUUCAAUUCAGGCAACAAGACUUGGGAAAAACUUUACUCCAUCGAUCUGGUUAUGAAUUCUUGUUGUUUUGAUUGCUCAACAAUAUGCGCCUUCCGUCCACUACUACUUGUGGAUGGAGGAAAGAAGAAGAAGAAGAAGAAUUUGCUCUUUUAUGACACUGUAUCAAGUCCAUAUCUGUUGAUACAUGACCCCGAAAUCCAGCCAGACUUAUUUACUUUCAGGCUGACUUCUUUUGUUUCCAGAGAACACAUGGAAGCUUCCCAACAUCUCUUGAAGCCAGGUGUGGAAUCACUGUCAGCUGUGGUAGCUUGAUCAGAGAUCACUUUCUCUUGUUCCUUUCCUGUGGUGGUCGAGUCUACUGGACUUCUGAUAGUAGAGAGACCUGUGUAUGAAACCAGUUCUAUUUGAGUGCUUGAGGAAAACAAUUGGAGUUUGGAACAAGUAUCUUCAAAUUUUAAGAACAGUUAAAGAACUUACAGUCAACAUAAACGGGGUUUCACCAAAUCUCUCUCCAAAUUUAACUGAAUCUCCAGUCACAGGAUUAACAGAAGGUUCCUUUUUCAGAUGAGAAAGCAUGAGAGAGUAGAACCGCCGGGGAAACACAAGGCCUUUCGAAUGUUAGACUUAAUGUGUAACCUCUUUGCUUUGCCCUUCUGGUCUAUCUCUACUAGUGAUAUAAAUCCCUGAAAAGUUCAUAAGAAGGUUACCGAAAGACCAUAGCCAAAGUACUUCAAAAAUGUAGCUUAUGGCUUAGUUUGAAUACAAUAAAAAAGUGGAAGA